AUACCUCCAAAAAUACAAAACACAUAAAACUGCCAUGGAUUCUCUCCUCCCGCCAUGGCAUCCGGCAAAUCUGAAAACAACAAAAUCAAAAUAAUUCUAUAAAAACAAAUACAAUUCAGAUAAAAACUUAAAACAAAUACGAAGAAAAUCACAGAAAAGUAAAAAAACAAAAAAACAGAAAAAAAAAAAAUGUUAACGGGCAACAUUUUAACAAAAAGAGCCGUUUAUUCUGUUUCUUCAGCAUUAAUGGCUUCCUCUUCUCUCUCGUCUCUCCUCCUUCACCCCUUCUCUUCUCCUUCUAACCUUAACCCUAACCCUAAUCUCACCCACAGGUGCACCUUCCCUCUGCGCACUCCAAGGCAUACCCUCACCUUCUUCUCCCGCUCCAAUUCCUCUCCUCCCAAUCCCAGCACCGACCUCACCUCCUCCUCCUCUGACCCUCCUCCUUCUCCUGACUCUGACUCUUCUUCUUCUUCUUCUCCGGUUCCUACGACAACAACGACGAAGAAGUCCUUCGCCGUUGCCACCGGAGAGCUAUUUCUGGGCCUGGCUUCUCGGCUUAUUAUUCGGAGGAAGCCCAGCGAAGGCCCAAAUGGAGAGGCCGCCUCCUCCUCCGUCGCCAUGUUCGAAAAUUACGGUGCAGAUGAUGGUGGGAAGAACUCCAAGGAGAAAAUCGGGGCGGUUAUGGAGGACGAAAUUGAGCCCCAAGUCGUCUGGGAACAGCGCGUGAAGGAUAUCGAGGCUGAGAGGGAGCGGUGCGUGGUGACAAGCCCCGGCUUCAGUUUCUCCGCUGCUGGGCUCCUUUUUCCUUAUCACCUUGGCGUUGCUCGCUUUCUCAUUGAGAAUGGUUAUAUAAAGGAAACUACACCAUUAGCAGGUUCCUCAGCUGGUGCCAUAGUCUGUGCUGUGAUCGCCUCUGGAGCCAGCAUGGAAGAGGCCUUACUAGCUACUAAAAUACUGGCUGAAGAUUGCCGGAACAAAGGGACUGCAUUUCGGCUUGGGGCUGUUCUACGGGAUGUUCUUGACAAGUUUCUUCCCAAUGAUGCUCAUAGUAGAUCUAAUGGGAGAGUUCGUGUUGCUGUGACCCAGAUUCUCUGGAGGCCGAAGGGACUAUUGGUGGAUAAGUUUGAGUCAAAGGAAGAUCUCAUCAAUGCAGUUUUUACUUCUUCCUUUAUUCCAGGAUAUCUUGCACCAAGACCAGCAACGAUGUUCCGUAACCGCCUUUGCAUAGAUGGGGGUUUAACGUUGUUUAUGCCCCCAACAUCUGCUGCACAAACGGUACGUGUUUGUGCUUUUCCGGCCAGUCGGUUGGGAUUGCAAGGAAUAGGGAUUAGUCCAGACUGCAAUCCUGAAAAUAGAGCUAGUCCCCGACAGCUUUUCAACUGGGCACUUGAGCCUGCAGAUGAUUCUAUUCUUGAUCAGCUAUUUGAGCUUGGAUAUCAAGAUGCUGCAGUGUGGGCUAAGGAGAACCCUGUCAGCAAAUUAGUUGAAGAUGGUAGUGCCUUUCUUGAGAAUGGCCUCACACAGUAGGUGAUAGAAAACACAUUGGUCUUUUUAUUUUAUUAUUAUUAUUAUUAUUAUUAUUAUUAUUUUUUUUUUUUUUUUGGUGGAUCCCUGUUUAUAGUGAAUGAUGCAUAAAUUUGCAAAGUAAAUGUUGAAGGGAUUCUGUGUUAUAUUCAUUGGCUGGUAGGAAAGCCAAUUUUUCUAGAGGAUAGUACACAUUAUUGUAUUCAAUUAUACAUAACUGUAUAUUGUAUGUGUAUGGCAGGUUACCAAUAUUGCUACUAAUAUUGGCUGCUUUUGUAAAAAUGAAGACAGAUAAGAUUUAGUAAUAAUGAUCACAUUAUUUCA